AUGCAGAGUGAACAGAUUGAGCUUUCAGGAAAGAUUAGUUCAGGUUCAAAAUCUUCCAAGAAUGAUCUCAAGAUUGCAAAAAGUGAACAGUUAGGGAAGACAAGCUUAGGUUCAAAAUCUUCCAAAGAUGAUCUCAAGAUUGUGCAGAGUGAACAGAUUGAGCUUUCAGAAAAGACAAGUUUAGGUUCCAAAUCUUCCAAAGAUGAUCUCAAGAUUGUGCAGUGUGAACAGAUCGAGCUUUCAGAAAAGACAAGUUUAGGUUCCAAAUCUUCCAAAGAUGAUCUCAAGAUUGUGCAGAGUGAACAGAUCGAGCUUUCAGAAAAGACAAGUUUAGAUGAUCUCAAGAUUGUGCAGUGUGAACAGAUCAGAGCAUUUCGGAAAAAGACAAGUUUAGGUUCCAAAUCUUCCAAAGAUGAUCUCAAGAUUGUGCAGAGUGAACAGAUUGAGCUUUUGGAAAAGGCAAGUUUAGGUUCCAAAUCUUCCAAAGAUGAUCUCAAGAUUGUGCAGUGUGAACAGAUCGAGCUUUCGGAAAAGACAAGUUUAGGUUCCAAAUCUUCCAAAGAUGAUCUCAAGAUUGUGCAGUGUGAACAGAUCGAGCUUUCAGAAAAGACAAGUUUAGGUUCCAAAUCUUCCAAAGAUGAUCUCAAGAUUGUGCAGUGUGAACAGAUUGAGCUUUCAGAAAAGACAAGUUUAGGUUCCAAAUCUUCCAAAGAUAAUCUCAAGAUUGUGCAGAGUGAACAGAUUGAGCUUUUGGCAAAAGCAGGUUUAGGUUCCAAAUCUUCCAAAGAUGAUCUCAAGAUUGUGCAGAGUGAACAGAUCGAGCUUUCAGAAAAGACAAGUUUAGGUUCCAAAUCUUCCAAAGAUGAUCUCAAGAUUGUGCAGAGUGAACAGAUUGAGCUUUUGGCAAAAGCAGGUUUAGGUUCCAAAUCUUCCAAAGAUGAUCUCAAGAUUGUGCAGAGUGAACAGAUCGAGCUUUCAGAAAAGACAACUUUAGGUUCCAAAUCUUCCAAAGAUGAUCUCAAGAUUGUGCAGAGUGAACAGAUUGAGCUUUUGGGAAAAGCAAGUUUAGGUUCCAAAUCUUCCAAAGAUGAUCUCAAGAUUGUGCAGAGUGAACAGAUUGAGCUUUCAGGAAAGAUAAGUUCAGGUUCAAAAUCUUCAAAAACUGACCUCAAGAUUGUGCAGAAUGAACAAAUUGAGCUUUCAGAAAAUGACCUUGAGAUUGUUCAGAGUGAACAGAUUGAGCUUUCAGGAAAGAUAAGUUCAGGUUCAAAAUCUUCAAAACUGACCUCAAGAUCGUGCAGAGAGAACCAGAUCGAGCUUUCAGAAAAUGCUAAUUCAGAAUGUUCUUCAGAAAAUGACCUCAAGAUUGAGCAGAAAUGAAGAGACUGAGCUUUCAGAAAACGAAAAUUUGAGUUCAAAAUGUUCUUCAGAAAAUGACUAAAGAUUGUGCAGAAUGAACAGAUUGAACUUUCAGGGAAAAGAAGUUCAAGUUCAAAAGGCGUCAAAAAAAGGACAUCAAGAUUGUUCAGAGUGAACAGAAUGAGCUUUCCAGAAAGAAAAGUUUAAGUUCAAAAGCUUUUUCAAAAGAAGUACUGAAGGAUAA